UGGCACAUCUUUAUAUUGUAUGGACCAAAACUAUGGACCGCCUACAGGCGGCUUUGGGAAGCUAGGACAAAAAAAAAAUGCGUCGGGCUUGUUGCUCGGUGGAAAAAAAAAGUUACCUGCUGGACUAAAACCGCUAAAUGUUUGGCGCUCUUAUACUAUUGAUAAUCAUCCGGGAUUAUUGGUUAUACGAAACCCGUUUACAGAGCGCGGUCAGCGUUAUUGGAUUGCUCGCUGUCUGCGAGACUAUCCGAGAGCACCAAACAAGGUUAAUUUGAAUGAAAGACUGUUCCCAGGUUCCGCUAGAUCAGACUGGUGGAAAGAAAUCCAUCAAUGUGAUAAUAUCAUUGAGAUGCAGCGACUAAAAGUAGCAAUGCGUUGGACAACAUUUGGUUAUCAUCAUAAUUGGGAAACCAAGAUUUACGACGAGUCUAUGCAUUCACCAUUUCCAAAUGAUCUAAACAGCAUUUGUACAUUUUUUUCAUCUAUUUUGGGCUUCCAAAAUUUUAAAGCGGAAGCUGCUAUUGUCAAUUACUACCCGAUAGGCACAAGUCUUUCUGGUCACACAGAUCAUUCUGAACCUAAUCAUUCUGCUCCAUUGUUUUCUUUUAGCUUUGGACAGACUGCAAUAUUUCUUAUCGGUGGAAAAACUAACGAUGAAAUACCAACCGCACUAUAUAUCCAUAGUGGUGACGUUUUAAUAAUGUCAGAGGAAUCCCGUCUCUGCUAUCACGCAGUGCCACGUAUUAUCAAAACACAAAUAUCAUGGACUUCUGAACUGUCGAUUAAAGACAUAGAAAUUGAAAAACUCAAAGACAACUUUUUGGACAUUGCCUUGUUUCAAAAAGUGGGCGACAGGAAUUUCUGGCAACCUUUUUCAUGUUAUCUUGAUGAUUCACGAAUUAAUAUUAAUGUACGACAAGUUUUCAAAUCAGGCGAAAGUACUCUCUCAAAAAAAAAUACUAAUUUAUAAUAUAAAUUCAAUAUAUUGUAUUUAAACGCUUGCAGAUUCUUUUUAAUAUAUCUUAACAACGUAAACAAGCAAUAACCUUAGAC